UGCGCUGCGUGGUUGGACAGUAAUACAGUCCGCUAGAUUAAAGGCUUAACUGUGCGCUCCCAUAAACCCUGAUUAAGAAGGUCAUGAAGCUUUAGCCGUUAGCAUUCAGCUAGCACACCUUCGACUAUCUACAUCUCCGCGAGUAGGUUCAUUCAUCCGCCAAAAAUGGAGUGGGCAAGUCAGCUUUGUGAGAACCGCGGCUUGGGAUCCAAGAUGACAGACUCCAAAUAUUUCACCACUACCAAGAAAGGGGAGAUCUUUGAGCUGAAGGCAGAGCUCAACAGUGAUAAGAAAGAGAAGAAGAAGGAGGCAGUGAAGAAGGUCAUUGCGUCUAUGACAGUGGGAAAAGAUGUCAGUGCUCUGUUUCCUGAUGUUGUGAACUGCAUGCAGACGGAUAAUCUGGAGCUGAAGAAGCUGGUCUAUCUGUACUUGAUGAAUUAUGCCAAGAGCCAGCCGGACAUGGCCAUUAUGGCAGUCAACACCUUUGUGAAGGACUGUGAGGACCCAAACCCUCUGAUCCGUGCACUGGCUGUGCGCACCAUGGGCUGCAUCCGAGUGGACAAGAUCACCGAGUACCUGUGUGAACCUCUAAGGAAGUGUCUGAAAGAUGAAGACCCUUACGUAAGGAAGACUGCUGCAGUUUGUGUCGCCAAGCUGCAUGACAUUAACGCCCAGCUGGUGGAAGACCAGGGCUUCCUGGACACCCUGAAAGACCUGAUCUCCGACUCCAACCCCAUGGUGGUGGCAAAUGCAGUAGCGGCUCUGUCUGAGAUAGCAGAGUCUCAUCCUAACAGCAACCUUCUGGACCUGAACCCUCAGACAAUUAAUAAGCUCCUGACAGCCCUUAAUGAGUGCACCGAGUGGGGCCAGAUCUUCAUCCUCGACUGCCUGGCCAACUACACGCCCCGUGAUGACCGCGAGUCACAGAGUAUCUGUGAGCGUGUAACUCCACGGCUGUCCCACGCUAACUCUGCCGUGGUUCUGUCUGCCGUGAAGGUUCUGAUGAAGUUCAUGGAAAUGCUUCCUAAAGAUCUAGACUAUUACGGCACUCUUCUGAAGAAACUUGCUCCUCCUUUGGUCACGCUGCUCUCAGCUGAACCUGAACUGCAGUAUGUUGCCUUGAGGAACAUUAACCUCAUCGUACAGAAACGCCCUGAAAUUCUAAAACAUGAGAUGAAGGUUUUCUUUGUGAAAUAUAAUGACCCAAUCUAUGUCAAACUGGAGAAGCUGGAUAUCAUGAUCCGCCUGGCGUCUCAGGCCAACAUUGCUCAGGUCCUGGCUGAGCUGAAGGAAUAUGCCACUGAAGUGGACGUGGACUUUGUGCGUAAAGCUGUACGAGCCAUUGGUCGCUGUGCAAUUAAAGUAGAGCAAUCAGCAGAGCGUUGUGUCAGCACACUGCUUGACCUCAUUCAGACCAAGGUCAAUUAUGUGGUGCAGGAAAAAAAAUUAAAAUUAGAUGAUGAAUACUGUAAUGAACUUGUGCAACUGCAGUUGCUGACAGCUAUUGUGAAGUUGUUCCUGAAGAAACCCACUGAGACCCAGGAGCUGGUGCAACAAGUGCUCAGUCUCGCCACACAGGAUUCUGAUAAUCCUGACCUGCGUGACCGUGGCUACAUCUACUGGCGUCUGCUCUCCACAGACCCUGUGGCGGCAAAAGAGGUGGUGCUGGCCGAGAAGCCUCUGAUAUCAGAGGAGACGGACCUGAUUGAGCCCACCCUGCUGGAGGAGCUUAUCUGCCACAUUGGUACUCUGGCCUCAGUCUACCACAAACCUCCCAGUGCUUUUGUGGAGGGCAGCCGUGGCGUUCAGCACAAGAGAAUUCCUGCUCGCGCUGGCUCUGGGGAAAGUGCCGAGAGCCCUGAUGUUGGCCAGUCUGGACCUUCUGAAGCUCCACCUGCUGUCAUUCCAUCACAAGGUGAUCUCCUAGGUGACCUGCUGAACCUGGAUCUGGCCCCACCCGCUGCCACUGUCCCUUCAGUGCAGCCCUCAAUGCAGAUGGGAGCCAUGGACCUACUGGGAGGAGGUCUGGAUAGUCUGAUGGGCGAUGAAUCAGAUACGCCGGGAGUUUCCCACAGGACAGAGGUGCAGUCUCCCCAGCCAACUUCUGAUUAUAGUGAGAGAGAGCUGGGAGGAGACAUCGGCGGAAGCCCUUCGAUGGGUGCCGGUUUGGGGGCGGCCCCAGUAGCCAUGCCUGCUGCUCUCGGCGGUGCUCCUGCUGUUGGAGGUGGAUUGGGAGACCUUUUUGACCUCGGUGGAGGUGUUGGCAUGCCAACAGGAUCCUACGUUGCUCCUAAAACUGUGUGGUUAGCGGCAAUGAAAGCUAAAGGGCUGGAGAUUUCUGGGACAUUUGCCCGACGCGGUGGGAUCAUUCAGAUGGAUCUGUCUCUUACCAACAAAGCCAUGAGCGUUAUGACUGACUUCGCCAUUCAGUUCAACAGGAACAGUUUCGGUCUCUCCCCUGCUGGCGCUCUGCAGGUUCUGACUCCUCUGAGCCCCAAUCAGACCAUUGACGUUAGUCUCCCUCUCAGCAUGAGCGGCCCUAUCAUGAAGAUGGAACCUCUCAACAAUCUGCAGGUAGCUGUGAAGAAUAACAUUGACGUGUUCUACUUCAGCUGCCAAUAUCCCCUCAGCCUGCUCUUUGUAGAGGAUGGAAAGAUGGAACGUCAGGUGUUCCUGGCCACCUGGAAGGACAUUCCAAAUGACAACGAGGCACAGUUCCAAAUCAAAGACAUCCACCUCAACUCGGACGCGGCCAGCAACAAGCUGCAAGGCAGUAAUAUCUUCACCAUAGCCAAGAGAACAGUGGAGGGGCAGGACAUGCUGUACCAGUCUGUCAAACUCACCAACGGCAUUUGGGUGCUGGCAGAAAUGCGCAUACAGACCGGCAACCCCAACUACACGCUGUUGAUAAAGUGCAGAGCGCCGGAGGUGUCUCAGUUUGUGUUCCAGUGCUAUGAGUUAGUGCUGAAGAACUGAAGUGGCGGGAAACCAACAGGAAACUGCAGUUCCCAGGCAUCGUUUGGGUGACUGAAACUUGAUUGGACCAGUCAGAGAAAGAACCCCUGCUGUCUUUAAAAUAUUACAGUUACAGUAAAAUACCACACACAAAAUAUAAAGAUAUCAUCUUUAAUUCACAUAUGUGCAGGUGUUCUACUCAGCAAAUUUCAUUCCUGUACUACGUGAUUGCUUCACUGUUUAUCCUGGGUGAUUGUUUUUCCCCCUCAUGGAGGUCAAGCAUCAUACACAGAUUAUCUCAGAGUUUUAGACCAGCCUGUAUUCCUCAUCCAUCCAGUUGUAGGAAGGGUGUGUUUACCACAGUUGAAAACCUUUCAACACUGCUGUUUUUAAUUUAGUCUUAAUAAUCAGACAAUGGGUCGCUGGGUUUGUAUUCACACAAACAGUUCAAAUCUUUAUUUAUUUUUUGUUCUGUUUUAUUAAAGCUCUCCCUAAUCAUUCCUCAGUAAUUUAGGUCUCCCGCAAUAUCUUUUAAGGGAAUGCUGUGUGUUUAUCCAGAAGCACUACACAAUUGCGGAGUAAACUUUUUCUUUGUCUUCAAAAUAUCUCUGUAUUUGGUGAUGACUAAGUUUGCAGUCAUGUUUUGAUAUUAAGCUGGGUUUAUUUUUAGUUACUACUGUCUUUUGUGUGCUGUGUAUCAGUUGUGUGUGUGUGUGUGUGUGCGAGUUGGAGAGUCUGUUCCUCCUCCUGGCAAUAUUCCCUGUCCUCCCUUAUUCCCCUGAAUGACUAUGUACAUGCCCAUAUAUUUGGGUGGGUUGUUAAUUUAGUGUGUGUGUGUGUUAAAAUGUUGGAUCUGUGAGGGAGACUUGACUCCUAAUAAGAUCAUCCUGCAGAAAGUGAUAUUCUUUAUGGUAUGAAUAUGUCUUAAAUCACACUGAAUGCGAUGCACAUGAAGUCUCCUGCUUUGCAAAACAACUUCACUGAACAUGUUUCUUCUCUCAUUCUUUACAGGACAGGGAAAUGUAGUUAAUCUUACAUGUCCAUGUGAUGUUUAAUUCUUUUAAACGAUGUUGACAAGGUGGACAGACCUCUCUCAAGCUUAAUGUAAAAUACCACCAGGCAAAACACUGCUGACCUGGCACACACACAAUGUUGUGUGUACACUUAAAAGUUCCCCAAUAAUAUUGAUUAUUGUUUUUCUUUUAAUCAUAGUUUGUUGAUUCUGUAUGUGUUAUAUUCUGUGGGUUUAGUCGUAGGGGUGACUACAAGGAGAUGUGCAGCAAAGAAAUUUGCUUUACUUUUUGUUGGAUUCUGUCAUGAAUGCAUCUGUUAUAGAAAUU